GUGGCUCUCCUCUUCUCCCUAAUCGCUGACAACCAGGGGGAAAAAAAAAAUGCAGCGUCAGAAGUCGAUUCUUUCAUUUCUCAAAAGACCGUCGGCGGAGCAACAGAACUCCGGCGGCCGAGAUAACGGGAUUGAUGGCGGCCGAGCUCCUCAUUUUCCUCCCAAACAUCAGAAUCAGAUUGGAGCUGGUAUUGAAUUUACCAAAGCUAUUUCUACCUCCACAAUUGACGAUUCGGUUGAUGACGUCAGAGGAACCGAUACUCCGCCGGAAAAAGUGCCGCGUCAGAUUUUCCCCGUCAACGGCAUUGAGAGCGGAAGCAAAAAUUCGCUCUUCUCCAGUAUCAUGCACAAGUUCGCGAGAUUCGAUACUACGAAAAUAUCUUGCAAUGAGAAGGAAGCAAGUGUCUCAAACAAUAUUUGUUCUGUUCUGGAUAAAUCUAAGUCGCAGAAAGAGUUUGAAGAUGGAAACUUGAUUUCUAAGCAAAUAGGGAGGCAAAGUAUUUGCCAUACUAAUGGGACAACAAAGCAAGAAAGUGAGGGAUGCCCAUUGGUUGUUGGAACUGAUGACAUUGAUGUUCUUGGACCAGACACGCCAGGCAUGCGACCUUCAGUCCCUCGGUUAAAAAGGUUACAUGAUGAUAUUUGUAAUUUCGAGCAAAAGAGUGGUUUCUCCAAGUCAAAUGCUACCAAAAGGGUGAAAUUUCUUCAGGAUUUAGAUGGUGAAAAGAAAUAUCUAGAGGAUUCUGAAAUGGCUAGCAAGUUUGAAUGGCUUCAUCCUUCAAGAAUCAAGGAUGCUAAGGGAAAAAGGCCAGGUGAUCCUCUAUAUGACCAAAGAACACUCUUAAUACCACCAGAUGCUCUAAGAAAGAUGUCGGCAUCACAAAAGCAAUAUUGGGAAGUUAAAUGUCAAUACAUGGACGUGGUGCUUUUCUUUAAAGUGGGAAAGUUUUAUGAGCUCUAUGAACUUGAUGCUGAAAUUGGUCACAAGGAACUUGACUGGAAAAUGACAUUAAGCGGGGUGGGUAAAUGUCGACAGGUUGGGAUAUCUGAGAGUGGGAUUGAUGACGCUGUUCAGAAAUUGAUUGAUCGUGGCUACAAAGUUGGACGGGUUGAGCAGUUGGAGACCUCAGAACAAGCAAAAUCGAGAGGUUCUGCUUCUGUUAUUCAAAGGAAGCUAAUUGGCGUUCUCACACCAUCCACCACAACUGAGGGCAACAUUGGGCCAAAUGCUGUACAUCUUCUUGCAAUAAAAGAGGAUUGCUUUUGUCCAGAUAAUGGUUCAACUUCUUUUGGGUUUGCUUUUGUCGACUGUGCUGCAUUAAAAUUUUGGGUUGGUUCCAUCAGUGACGAUGCUUCUUAUGCAGCUUUGGGGGCUUUGUUGAUGCAAGUGUCACCUAGGGAAGUGAUCUAUGAUAGUCAAGGACUGUCCAAAGAGGCACAGAAAGCAUUGAAAAAGUACUCGCUAACAGGUUCUACUGUAUCAAUGUUGACUCCAGCUCUGCAUGCUGAUUUUGGUAAUGCAUCAGAAGUGAGAAACUUCAUUCAGUUGAAGGGUUACUUCAAAGAAUCUCUUAACAGGUGGGAUCACAUUCUUGAGGGGAUUAUGCAUCAGGAUCUUGCGUUAUGUGCUCUUGGAGGCCUCACUAACCAUUUAUCCCGAAUGAUGUUAGAUGACACUUUACAUAAUGGAGACGUUAACUCGUAUCAACUCUACAAGGGUUGUCUAAGAAUGGAUGGGCAGACACUUGUCAAUCUUGAGAUUUUUAAUAACAAUGCUGAUGGUGCUCAGGCAGGUACAUUGUACAAAUAUCUUGACAAUUGUGUCACUGCAUCUGGUAAACGGCUUUUAAGGAACUGGAUCUGUCAUCCUCUGAGAGAUGUCGAGAAAAUCAAUCAUAGGCUUGAUGUUGUUGAGGAGCUUAUAGCACAUUCAGAUAUCAUGUUACUUGUGGCUCAAUAUCUUCGCAAGAUUCCAGACUUAGAGAGGUUGCUUGGGCGUGUUAAGGCAAGCAUUAACUCUUCUGCUGUGCUCUUGCUGCCACUGAUUGGCAGCAAAAAAUUGAAACAGCGAGUUAAAGCGUUUGGAUCACUUGUUAAAGGCCUGCGUAUUGGAAUGGAUUUGUUAUUGCUAUUACAGAAGGAAGGGUUUAUGACAUCUUCAUUAGCAAAAGUUCUUUGUCUUCCUCUGUUAAUUGGUAAUGAUGGGCUUGAUAAAUUUCUUGCACAAUUUGAGGCAGCAAUUGACAGUGACUUUCCCAAUUAUCAGGACCAUGAUGCUACAGAUUCAAGUGCUGAAACACUAUCAAUUUUAAUGGAACUUUUCCUAGAGAAGGCUAUGCAAUGGUCUCAAGUAAUCCAUGCUAUAAGUUGCUUAGAUGUACUAAGAUCAUUUGCUGUAACCACAAGUUUUUCUUCUGGGGCUAUGUGUAGACCAAAAAUUUUACCUCAUUCAAGAUCUGUAGAUUCAGAGACAGGAGGACCAAUACUUUCAAUUGAAGGUUUAUGGCAUCCGUAUGCCCUUGGUGAGAAUGGAGGAUUGCCUGUUCCGAACGACAUGCAUCUUGGGGGCAACAAUAGUAUUUAUAAUCCCUGUACUUUGCUUUUGACUGGACCUAAUAUGGGUGGGAAGUCAACCCUUAUACGUGCAACUUGUUUAACUGUUAUACUAGCUCAGCUGGGCUGUUUUGUGCCUUGUCAGACUUGUGUCCUUUCACUUGUGGACAUCAUAUUUACACGGCUUGGAGCCACUGAUAGAAUUAUGACAGGCGAGAGUACCUUUCUUAUUGAAUGUACUGAGACAGCAGCAGUGUUACAAACUGCCACACAAGAUUCCCUUGUCCUCCUUGAUGAAUUGGGUCGAGGAACUAGCACAUUUGAUGGCUAUGCAAUUGCAUAUGCUGUAUUCCGUUAUCUUGUUGAAACAGUGAACUGCCGUUUGUUAUUUGCUACACAUUAUCAUCCUCUCACGAAGGAAUUUGCUUCUCAUCCUCGUGUUUCACUGCAACAUAUGGCCUGCUCUUUUAAGCUGAAGUCCAAGAAGUCAUCUCCGGGUGAGCAGGAACUGAUUUUUCUAUAUAGGCUAGCUUCUGGACCAUGUCCUGAGAGCUAUGGUAUGCAAGUGGCGAAAAUGGCUGGGGUCCCUGAGAUGGUUGUUGAAAGUGCUUCAGGGGCUGCUCAAAUCAUGAAGAAGUUAAUAGGAGAAAGUUUCAAGUCAAGCGAACAAAGGGCUAACUUCUCUACCCUGCAUGAACAGUGGUUCAAAACUCUGCUGGCGAUAUCCAGGGCACCUGAGACUGAUUCUGACGAUAAGUUUGAUACAUUGUUUUGCUUGUGGCACGAGCUCAAGAGCUCAAAGAAAAUGGGAGCAAUUAAAAAUAUUUAACAUAACAGUAGAAGAAACUCUGUUUAUUUUGACUUGCACAGGAAUGUUUCCAUCAUUUUUAAAACUAAUUCGUACAUGCUGAGUGACUCGUUGAAUAUUUGUUUCCAAUGUGUAGCCGUGAGGAAGGAUGCCGGAUGGAUGUACAAAGAGGACAGAGGCAAACUCGAAUG